UAACAAAUCAUAGGUGGACAGAGCAAUUUAUAUACACCUAUGAUUUGCCAAGUACGUGUCUGCUAAUAAUUUCUCCUCAUGAAGUAAUUGAACUGAGGAAGUUUCCUCCCCCAGCACUUUAAGACUUGAAGGAUGUGGAAACGCGUAGACUCUUCUCUUCUAGACUUGGAAGAAUUAGACAGCCCAACCAAUAAAGAGUUCCACAUAUUAUAUGUAGAAUCAUUACCUUGCUCUUCUUCUAUGGAGCUCACCUGCUCACUGCUGCUACUUCUGUUGCUCUCAUCCUCCUCCUCGAUUCUACAAGCAGAGGCCAGGCUUCUUCCUUCUUCUGAACAAGAGAGGUAUGUGAAAGUGUUGGAGUCGCUGGGAGUGCUGUGCGGCUGCUGCGAUGAGGGGAGAGGGCAGUGCUGGAGAAGAAGCUGGAGUUUCACCUGUAGCAAGCUUGAUUGCCGUCCAUUCAAAUAUUUGUGAUUGAUUUUCUAUCAUAUAUGUAACUAUCUUUGUAUUUUAAUUAUCAUCAAUUAUAUAGAUUCCAUGCAAUAUUGUCUUA